GAACACGGCCCAGGGCACGGGACGCGGGACCGAUCCGACUCCAGCGAGCCAGCAAUUGAAGAAACGGGCACCUCUUGGCCGCAGCGCAGGUCCAGUCUGAACCCCAGAUCCCAGCCAAGCCUACCUACCUAUCAGAUCCCGUUGCGACCGACCGAACCCAGCUCGAUCGAUUCGACCUCCCCAACUUUCGCGACAGCCUUGCCAUCAUUCUUUCUGUCUUUACCACCACCACACCACACAACACAACACCACAACCAUGUUCCGCUCAACCUUCCUCGGCCUCUCCCGGGCCAUCGCCCAGCCCGCGACGCCCCUCACCGUCCGCGCCGCCUUCCAGUCCCGAUUUUACUCCGCCGCUGCCGCCGCAUCGCAACCAACAACAACAGCCACAAUAACGACACCAUCCCAGCAGCAGCAGCAGCCCACCACACAACCUACCACCCCUAUCCAGACCCAGACCGGUGCCGCGCCAACAGAAUCCACGAAACCCGUCGCGAAGCCCUACCUAGUAGGCCGUGCCUGGACCCAGCGCCUGCCCGUCUACCACCUCGCCAAGCGCGGUGGUAACAAGAAGCUCACCCAGAUCAAGAAGGUGCAAGGUGAUGGCCAGGCUCUGCGCAAGGACCUUGCGCAGUUCUUGGGGCUGGAGGUGAAGGAGGUGCGGGUGAAGGUGCCGACAGGGCAUUUGGAGGUUGAUGGACACCGCAGAGAGGAAAUCGUCAAGUUCCUGGACGGCUUGGGCUUUUAAACGAGAAAGAUGCUACAGCGACAAACCCCUGGACAGCUUGCCGCCACAAGUCCACAUAACACGACGAGGACCGACCCAUUACCGGGAAAGAUACCAUGCUGCUCCAUGCCACGGACUGGAGAGCAUGCCGGGGCAUAUUCCAGGAGGUGCUGAAUGCUUCAUGCCCCAGGA